AGAGGGUCCAUAAGUUAACCCACAAAGAAGAGAGGGCCUAAAGACGUUUUCAUUUCCUUUCAGAUAAAAGAUGAUUAAUUACCUGAAAUCUUCAAGUCUCCAGAACUCACGGUGGAACUUUGCGCUGGGGGCUGCAGCUUCUACGAUUUCAGGCAAGACUGGCCCGGGCACUCCAGUCACUCAUAAGGCGGAAGGGAAAGAAGUACCUGAACAGGGUAUGAGCCUCUCAGUCGCAGCCUAGGGCCGCCACUCACCUUGGGGAGGAGGAGCUGGCGUCCAGAGCCACCCCGGCGGGGAGGAAAAGCAGCCCUGGGCUGCCAGGUGAGGUAAGGAACGCCCCGCCAGCUCACCUCCGUAGAGGCGGGGCGCGGUUCCCGAUCACUCAUAGGGGCGGAGCCGUCUGAGCACCUGCGCCAAGGCGGAACUGAGGGGUCUGGUCACUGCACGGAGGACCUAGCACCAAGCCUCACCUGUGCGGGGGCCGGAGGCGGGGCCAGAACUCACCUGAGCAGGCGGCGACUUGCCCCGGGGGUAACCCCGGGCUGGCCUAGCGCGGAGGGGGAGAAGCCCCCGGGCGGCUCCAUCCGUACGUCCCCAUCCGUACGCCCCCGCGUCGGUCCGCGCGGCAGCCAUGACCUGGAGCGCCACGGCUCGGGGCGCGCACCAGCCGGACAACACCGCGUUCACGCAGCAGCGCCUCCCCGCCUGGCAGCCGCUGCUGUCAGCCAGCAUCGCGUUGCCGCUCUUCUUCUGCGCGGGCCUGGCCUUCAUCGGCCUGGGCCUGGGCCUCUACUACUCUUCCAAUGGCAUCAAGGAGCUCGAGUACGACUAUACCGGCGACUCGGGCCUCAGCAACUGCUCGGUGUGCGCCGCAGCCGGGCAGGGCCGCGCGCCGCCGCCCCGCUGCUCAUGCGCCUGGUACUUCUCUCUGCCCGAGCUCUUCCAGGGCCCCGUGUACCUCUACUACGAGCUGACCAACUUCUACCAGAACAACCGGCGCUACGGUGUGUCCCGCGACGACGCGCAGCUGAGUGGGCUGCCGAGCGCCCUGCGGCACCCGGUCAACGAGUGCGCCCCCUACCAACUCAGCGCGGCCGGCCUGCCCAUCGCGCCCUGCGGCGCCAUCGCCAACAGCCUCUUCAACGACUCCUUCUCGCUGUGGUACCAGCGCCAGCCCGGCGGGCCCUACGUCGAGGUGCCGCUCGACCGCACCGGCAUCGCCUGGUGGACCGACUACCACGUCAAGUUCCGCAACCCGCCGCUGGUGAACGGCAGUCUGGCGCUAGCCUUCCGGGGCACCGCGCCCCCGCCCAACUGGCACCGGCCGGUCUACGAGCUCAGCCCCGACCCCAACAACACCGGCUUCAUCAACCAGGACUUCGUGGUGUGGAUGCGCACUGCCGCUCUGCCCACGUUCCGCAAGCUGUACGCACGCAUCCGCCAGGGCAACUACUCCGCCGGGCUGCCGCGGGGCGCCUACCGCGUCAACAUCACCUACAACUACCCGGUGCGCGCCUUCGGCGGCCACAAGCUCAUCAUCUUCAGCAGCAUCUCCUGGAUGGGAGGCAAGAACCCCUUCCUGGGCAUCGCCUACCUGGUGGUUGGCUCCCUCUGCAUCCUCACGGGCUUUGUCAUGCUGGUCGUCUACAUUCGCUACCAGGACCAGAACGACGAGGACGAGGAGGACGAGUAACUCCUGCUUUCAAAGUACCCUUUCUGAAAGCUUCUUGCUUCAGCUCUCUUGCAAGCUUCUUUUGGGUUUCUGUCUCUUUGACUCUCACCCAAUUCCAGCCUCGCUUCACUUGGCCUCCUUUUGUGGAUGAGGAGACCAGAGAGAGAGGAAUUACAUCCAAUCCGGGGCCUCCAGACUUUUCUGGGGUGUUUGAACUGGUAGAGUGAGACAUCCCGGCCGCUUCUCCCCAUCUCCUUCACCAUUUACUGAGUUGACAUGUUAGGUUCUUGGAGAGCAGAAGGGACAGUUGGGACUGCUCUUAUUCAGCUCCCAUCUAAUGAAGAGCUAGACCUAGACGUUAGAGAACUCAUUUGAGAUGCAGCAGCAACUUGGCUCCUGGCUCUGACUCUAGAGCUUUAACCACUUCUGUACAGUGGUUUUCUUUCCCUUUUUUGGGGUGGGGGGUGGGGGGUAGAAAAUGAAACCCACAAAUAACCAGCAAAGGCAUGGACGGGUAGGGAGAACGCUCUAGUUUAAAGCGUAGAUGGAUUAGGAGGCCCCAGAAAUUCUGACAACAAGGCUGUGGGGAGACCCUCGAAGCUGCAGUUUAAACCAGCCCAUCUGGAGAUUCCCCUGUGUUCCCUCAAACUUGGAAAUUGGGGCUCUGAACCAGGGAGUAAAGAGGAUACUGCCUGUUUCCCUAUUUGCGCAUUUGUGGGAGGCUGGGUCCGAAGUAGUCACUCAGUCCGGUUUUUCAGGCAACUGGUCAUUUGUUCCCAGGAGCAGUGACUAGCACAAUGUUGCUGGUUUGGUCUAGCUCUCCUCGUUGAACAUGAGAAGCUCUCUAUAAUGUGCAGAAUGAGUGAAAACAAAUAGUUGGCAUACAGUUUUGCAGAACAGGGGUCUGUACCAAUUCGUUUGAUAUUUGUGAGAAAUUUGUUUAUUAUUAUUUUUUAUUUUAUUUUAUUUUUUUGGCCAGGGACUGUGUAGAAAUUUGAAAAUGCCAGGUCAGCUUGUACAGCUCAAAGGGGAUGUUUUAACCUUAGAAUCAGGUAGCUGGAAGGGACCUUCUAGGGAAAGUAAUUUCCCUAAAGCCAGGUCUUUGUCUCUUGACUGCUGACUUGGUUCUCUUUGUCAUCUAAGUGAUUUUUUAUGCUUAGAGAGAAAGGGCUACAUUCAUACCUUUUCCCUUGGGUCUAAGAAAAAAAGUUUUUAAUCUACGUUCUCAAAUGAAGGGUGUUUAUUUCUAGUACUAUGCUCAAAUGAAUGCUAAGGAAUAUAGUCUCAUGUAAAUUAGAAUCUUAAGAAUUACUUAACCUUUUAAUCUCUGAGUACUCUAAAAUCAUUCUAAUAUAUAUACAAUUAUUCCAAGAAAAUAGAAUUUUAAAAACCCUCUUAUGGCAAAAGAACUUAAGAAAAAUUAGAUCAUCUUAACCAUUUAUUUGCCAAAAGCAAACAGUUAUUUGGUAGAAUUCUCAGUGCCUGUUCUUUGUGAUGGCUACUUUCCAGUUACUAUAAUUUUUACUCAUGCCUGUAAGAUAGUGUAAUACCUUGAGUAUUUUUUCUCAGUAGUCAAAGAAAUACUGAAUUGUAUUGAAUACUUUAUAUUAAUUUUAUUUUACCCUAUUCUAGUUCUUUGAAAAUUAUUAAUCUACAGACCAUGCAUGCUCACUGACAUCUGUUCAGAUCUCCUAGAACAAUUGUGAUUUAAGAGACUCCAUCCCAGUAUUUACAUAAACUAAAUAUACAAUUACAAAAUAUAUUAUAAUCACAGUGUAUUGCCUUCCAAACUCCUGAAAAUGACACAAUUUUAUUGUCAGAUUUCAUAUCAUGAUUUUAGGCUAUAAAUAUAUGAUCUUAUGUAUAUAGAGUAAUUUUUUAUUUAUUAUGAAUGUAUGAUCAAGAAGCUUACUAGCCUAACCUCUCUUUACAAUGGAUAAGAAGAUUUACUGCUUUUUUUAUUACAUAGUUGAGAGUAACCAUGUAUUUUUCUAUCGUUUUUACAAUAUUCUAUUGCUAUAAAAUUUUAAAUGACUAUAAAUUAAGAUAUUCUGAUUAACGAAUAUGGUUCUAGGCCCUAUUCUCUGGGUUUUUGAAAGAGAAUAAAGGUUAUGUUUGUGUUACCUUUGUUACCAUGUUUGCUUAAUUCUUUUGAACCAUGAUCUUAAAGGCACAAACAUUUUAAAAGCUACCACCUACCAACGACUUUGUUCAUUUGUUAUUAGCAGAUUUAUAAUGUAGGAAGAAAAUAAUUUUUCAGAACAAAGCUCAACGUGAACUCUGUCUUCCUGACACAGAAUUUGAACUUACAUCAAAAUCAAUGUGUAGUACAAAUCAGACAAUCUUCAACUACUGUUAGAAUUUGGUAAAAUGUGGUCAAUUUUUAAUAAUAUUUAGUAUUAAACGUACAAAAGAAUGUGGUUGUAGAAAUCUUCCUUUUCCAUUUUUGCCUUUUACUCACAUUCUAAACUGAAAUUAUUUGUUGGGUAUUUUGGACUACAAAGCCUCAGAAACUUUAAAAACAAAAAGUGAAACAUUUUCCUGCGCUGUGGGCAUUUUGUUUGGUAUCCCAGAAUUCUAGCUGGGCUUGAAUUCUUACGUUGUCCAGAAAAUGGUUCCUAGCCAGAGCUGUGUCAUUUGGAAUGAGACAGAAAAGAGUGAACCUCAACAACUGGGUUGGAAAUGUGCUUUGAUCUCUGUUGUAAAGUAAACCACAAACAAAAGAGAAACUAAUGUGGUUGGCGGGAACUCCCCAAACAGAAUAAUAUAACAAGAAAGACUUUCCAAGAAUCUACAGAAUCAAAUCAACUAAACAAUUCACUGACUAUACAGUUGUUACAAAUCAGAAACAAAAUAAUAGUCUGCCACUUCCUCUAGUAAAAAUAUCACUUCACACUAUAUAGCCACAACCCUUUCUGCCUCAUAGUGUCUGUGCUCUCUUCCUGUCACUGAGGAUCUCAGCAAUCUUGAGUAGAUUCUCAAAACGGGGUUAUUGAUAGAGCUGCAGUGUAAUCAAUUCCUAUAUGCCCCUGGGUAAAAGUGAUCUGUUACCCUAGUAAUAGUAAAUUGUAUUAAAUAUACAUUUAUUUUUAUUCAGCAUUUCUUUGCAUCCUGGAUAUUUUUUCCCCUACAGCUAAACCAUAGCUGACUGAUUUGAGAUGACACAAUUUUAAAAAUUAUUUUAACGUGGAUGCCAGGAGAGUUUCUGUCAUCACUGUCCUCCAACAAAAGCAGAGUCAUUUAUAAAGUGUCAUCAAGAAGGUCUUAGUGAAUCUGAUUGAAACACUUUACGGGCCCAGAGAGACCUUACAUGAGAGUAACACUUUGUGUAAAGAAUUUGCAAAAGUUGCAAACAAUGUUGAUGCUAUGUAUACAGCCAUCCCCCAUGAUUUCCCCCACAAGACUAACAACAUGUAUUACGAAAAAAUACUUCCCCACUGGUUCACCACCUGGCACUGUGAUUCUUGCCAUUAGUGAUAAUAGUGUAGAUUAGCUCAGCACAGUAAGAUGGCAUUCCUUUAUUCAUGCACUUGGCUGAGCAGUUCACCAUAGGAUAGAAAGCUCCUGGAGCAGUGAAAUCCAGCAUAGACUGGGGAUGUAGGGGAGAGAAGAGGGGGAAAUAGAGAAGAGAAAGGUGAGGUUUGGAGCAUGGGGUAUUUUUCUGGACCAGCAUAGUGUCUAGAAGGGGGUCUUGGGCGUGAAGGGAGUCCACUUUAGAGGGCAGAGCUGGCCAGCAGACUCACUGAUGACAAGGCCUUGGAGAAAUUCAGUAAGUGGAUGGUGGGUCACCUCCUGCUAAGCUUCUCAGCUUGUCUUUUUGAUCAAUUUGAGUGUGAUUUAUCUUUUUCCUUAGAAGCAAAAGGUAUUACUGUCAAGAAAUUGCCUUGCUUUCCACACUGAGCUCUUAACCAAGUUCCCACUAAAGUAGCUGAAAUCUUACAUUACUGAUGAAAACUGUAAAGGAUGUGUCAUUAAUAAUGAUACUUUGUUCUUCUAAAAGGCCUUUUUUCUGAAAGUCCAGGGUGCUUAACACUAUGUGGUCUCAUUAAUCGUAGCCAUCAAAAUGCAAGAGCUUUUAGAAAGUCAUCAAGACUGACAUGGGAGAAAUACAUUCCCUUCUCUUUUGCUCAGUUUUGUUCAGAACUCUACAAAAGUUAGCAGUUUUUCUACAAAAGAAUCACCUCUGGAUGAGGCAGUGAUAAUCAUUUCAAUGGGCCACUUGAGUUUUCUCAAAGGAAGACACAAUUAAUUCCUGUUAUUAUUAUUAUUUGCUUUUUAGGGCCACACUUGUGGCAUAUGAAGUUCCCAAGCUAGGGGUCAAAUAGGAGCUGCAGCUGCCAGCCUACACUACAGCCACAUCAACUUAGGAUCUGAGCCGCUUCUGCGAUCUACACCACAGCUCACGGCAACACUGGAUCCUUAACCCACUGAGUUAGGGCAGGGAUUGAACCUGCAUCCUCAUGGAUACCAGUCGGGUUCAUUACCACUGAGCCAAAAUGGGAACUCAGAUUCCUGUUAUGAUUUUAAUAAGUAAAAGUCCUAUCCCAUUUUUGUGAAAGAAUCCAAAAUGAGAGCUGCAUCACUUCGUAUUUAUAGUUAAUGACAGAAUGGAAAACACAUUUUACUCUUUCGUUUUCAAUUUUUUCUACAGGGCUUUAGGGAUUAAGACAUGUAUCGUUAUGUCAACAUAAUUUGCAAAUAACUGAAUGACGGCAUCUUUCAUACCAUCAGGGGCAAAUCAGCUCAUUUAUUCAGUUUCAUGACUGUUUAAAAACGUUAUUGACCAUCCCACAUACAAAUGGCAUAACUCAUAUCUCCAACCCUAACUUCUGUCCAGACUCACAUGUCCAGCUGUCGCUGGGACAAACCUAAAUGUCCUACAAACAGCAUAAGCUCAGUAUGAAACCCAAAGACCUUUCCUCCAAACCCAUUCUUCCAAGAACAGUCCCAGAUGCUGAAAAUGACUCAUCUAUCCCGCUCAGUCAUCCAAGCCAAAAACAUGAACUGGCUUCUCAGCAACUCCCUCUGUUUCUUCCCACAUGCAACUGUUUAUCAGAUCCUGUUGCUCCUAUAUCCCAAAUGCACUUUCAAUCCGAUCUGUCUUUGUCACUGCUCUGGCCCAGGACUUUGUUAUUUUCCAUCUGGAAGUUGGAGAAGCCUGCUAAUUGGACUCCAGUUUAUUCUCCACAUCCCAGCCGCAACGAGCUCGCCAAAAGGCAAAUCAUCACGUGACCCUCAACUCCCAAUCCCUCAUGUCUACACACCGCCUGCAGGAGGAAGUCAAAAUUCCUUAGCAAGGCCUACAAGCUCUUCAUGGUUGGCUUCACUCUGAAUCUUCACCCCUUUUUCCUCCAAGGCUCCACCAAAUUCCAGCUACAUUGGAUGAUUUGAAGAGAGAGACCUGAGCCCAGCAUUCCCUCAUGGCUUUGCCGGUGGUCCGGCGCAUCCAUGUGAUCACCCGAAUCUCCCCGGUCAUCCUCAAGGCCACGAUCAGUGUUUGUGACUCCGCAAAGUCCUCCACCGCCCUCCAUGCCCUGUCCUCAGCCUCGUCCUCCUUUGUGCUUAUGCUUCUCUCACAGCACUUGGGAGCGCAAGCAGCCAAGCACGGAGGCUGGGUCCCAGAUCCUUUGCAUAUCACAGAGCUGAGCAUUUUUCCUGUACAUCACUUCUCCCGGCUGAGGAGGUACAUCCCACAGAACCGGGAGGAGGAGAGUUCAACCUGCCACCUGGCCCCCUGAAACCAACUUUGUGGUGGCCUUGCUGACCCUGCCAAGGACCGUCACCAGAGCCUGAACUAAGAAGCACGGAACGUGGUGUAUGGUUUCUCAGGUUGGUGCUUGUCCAAUCUGAAAUGGGAAUCUCUCGUCCAAAGAUGUGCAUUACUGCCCUCUGCCGGACAGAAAUAGAAUCGCCAGCGUUUAACUACCUCUGGGCCUAACACAGGUGGGAAAAAAAAAAUCUGCUUUUACGUGAUUGUGUAAUGCUCGAGUGGAGUAUUCAUUUCCAAAAUUAAAGUUCCCAAGAGUAAAUAAAACUCGAACGCGUAUAAAUCGCA